CCUUUUAUGGUCAACACAAGUCCUCUGCUUCUCCUUCUCCUUAUAAGACAACCAACGCUUUGUUCUGUUCCCACAACAUGGCUUCCAUUUCCCAAGGUCUCGUCUUCACCACUGCCAUGCUCUUCUCCUCCACCCUCCUUUACUUUGCAUUCUCUAGGCAAAACACUUCCCCCCACUCCAACAAACAACUCCUUCGUUCUUGCAUAUACUCAGAGGAGAAGAAAAGGGAGAGGAGGGGGAAGAAGAAAGUGAAAUUUGCGGAAAAUGUGAUGGUAAAGGAAGAAGAAACUGAUUGUAACGAUGGAAACAGAGAAAAACAGGGGAAGCGAAACAGAGUAUCGAGGAGCGAGUGCAUUAAUGAAGUUGCCGAAAAUCGUGAAAUGCCAGCCAACCGAGUUGCUCUGUAUAAUGGGAUUUUGAGAGAUAGGGUGCAGAGGAUGGCGUGCUGUCACUGAUCGCACCACUCUUCUUCAUGUAGAUUCUCUCUGUUCUUGGAACUUGGAACGGGGGAGAAAUUCUUCAUUGCAACCUGUUCAUCUUCCUUUUCUGUUUUUUUUUUUUUUUAUUUUUUUUUCAUUUUUCAUUUUUAAUGUUCACAAUAGAUAAUUUCAUGGUUUAUUUUGUGGAAUGUAAAUUUUUUACAUUAUCUCUU